CUACACAUUCAUUUUUUGUUCAAAAAAUUAAUUUAUGUUAAUCUGGAAAUGUCUAAAAAAAAACAAGAUAUAACAAUAGAAGAAGAGACUGAUGAAGACUUUAUGACAAGAAUUACUCAACCUAGAAUAUGGACAACUUUCAAAUCGGAUUUCCUUUUUCAAGUAUUUACAGAUGAACGGAUGGAUGAAAUUUUAGAUAUGUUUAAAAAUAAUUAUAUUCACGAAGAAUCUUUGUGUGUCUAUAAUGAGUUGUCGUCGGAUCAAGACUCUGUUGAUCAAUUUUUGUACUUAGUUAAACACUGGAUCUCUGAUACUUUAUCCACAAUUGUGAUCGAGAAGAGUUCUGGAAGAAGUGUUGGAAUAAUAAUUUGCAGAUUUUGUUCGAUUGAAGAAAAUUCAUUGGAGUUUAGUAGACUGAGAUUAUACGAAGGUGAAAAGUGGAAUAUAAUUCAAAAUUUCAGAAGUCAUUUGAGUCAAAAAUUUAACAUAUAUCAAUAUUAUAAAUCGACUGCUUUCUUCAGGGUAUAUGCUUGGUUUAUUCUUCCUUCAUUUAGAAAUCAAGGGUUGGGUAAAAAAUUACUGGACUGUGUGAUCACUAAACAAUUACCCGAAAUGAUGCAUUUUGGUUGCAAUUUAAUAUCUGGGAUAUUCACAAAUAAAAAAAGUCAAGAAAUAGCUAAAUCACUCGGGUUAACAACCCUGUAUAAAGCUAAUUAUAUCGAAUGGGCCAAUCAAAACAAUAUCAAUUUACCAGAUAAUAUAUCGGAUGAAAAUUCAAUCGUUCGUGUAAUGGGAUAUAAAAUAAAUCAAGAAUAA